UUGCAGGAUAACUCAGCUCACUGUGAGGUUCGACCAACAGCGAAGCUGCUGAAUGGUGUCUCCAACGGGGGCGGGCUGAGUGAAACACAGCUGGAUGAGUUGCGAGCAGAGAGUGAAUUGAAUUUUGACCUUGCAAACAAGCGGCUUCAAGAAAUCCAUGAGUUGAAUGAGCGGAUACAAAAAUUUGUGGAGGAUACUGUACGGAUGGAAUGUGAUUUGAAGUCUGCAUAUAGUUCGUCUGCUCAAAUAAUACAGAGUACCGAGUAUCAAAAUCUAGUUGCUUUUUAUUCAGUAGUCAUUGAUGAAUGCCGAAGGUUAAGGAGUGACUUUGAAGCAGUGACAGAGGAGCGUGAUCUUUUAAGGCAAGAAAUGCUCCAGAAAGUUGAAGAAAUGAAGGCCGACGAGCAUCAAUCAAUGCGCAAAAUGCGAUCGCUUUGUGAACAAAUCACUCGAGACUUGAAUCAAGUUGGUUUAACUUACCUUAUGCGAACCGAGUCAGACAUGUUACGAAUGGAGUUCGAACAGUCGUUGGCAGCUCAUAGCAAACAAGAUGCGAAGCAACAAGACAUAAAAGUAUUAUUUGGUACGCUAAAAACGCAGAACUAUCAGCUGAACUCCGACGUUGCGAAGUAUAGAAAGAAAUGGAAGGAAGGCGUUAACACAAAUUACAAGAUACAAACCGAGUUGGACACUGAAAGACGUCGGUUAGAACGAUGUUUGGUAAUAGAGCUAGAUGAUGAGGAUUCAAAUGAGCUUGCGAGCCCAGACCAGUCGCGGGACGACUUGGAUAUUGGUGAUGAUGCCAAUGGGGAGAGUGUGAGUGCUUUACAAGCGAAAAUCUUGGAGUUGAAACUCAAAUUAGAAGUCUACGCUGAUGUUGGUGCGGACGUUAGAGAUAAGGCCGAGCUGCUUGUACGAGAGCGACGCUUAAAAAAGGAAAACGAAAGGUUAAUACAUCAGAUCAAGCGGUUAGGCAACAUUGAGAGGAAGGAACGAAUGCGUUACUUUGAGGUGUGUACUACUUGGUGCUUUCACUAUUUUACGAGUUUCCCAAUCUUCUAUAUCUAUUCGAAAGCUUUGCAAAUUUUGACAAUAUUGCUUUCGAUUUUCCUCAAAACUAUCGUCAAUUCAUUUGAACUCACAGAUGGACGCAAACAGGCUCUUUGCACAGAAAGAUACUGA